CUCCUCGCUGGCAGCGCCGGAGCUGCCGGAAACCCGGCGGUGCUGCUGCUGCUGCCGCCGCUCCGGCUGCCCGACAAGUUGUUGUUGUUGCGGAGGGAGAGCGGCGGGGCCCGGGCCGGCAGCACGGCAUGAGCGUCCGGCCGGAGCCCAGCGGGGCAGCGGGGCCGGCAGCGAGCCCCUGAGCGGUGCCCGGGAGCCAUGGAGCGAGAUACAAAGGAAGGCUCAGAGAAASCAAAGUCUGCUCCAAGUGCAGAGAAGCAUGGUUGGAUUAAAAAAAGCAGCGGGGGCCUGCUGGGACUGUGGAAGGAUCGUUACAUCCAGCUACGGAAAACGCAGCUCGUGGUCUACGAGGACGAGGAUGAACAGAAGUGCAUAGAAACAGUGGAACUGGAGAGUUAUGACAAGUGCCAGGAGCUGCGUGCGCUACUAAAAAGGAAAAAUCGUUUCAUUUUAAUUCGCUCCCCGGGUAAGAAGGUUCAUGACAUCAAAUUUCAAGCUCCAUCCUUGGAAGAGAAGGAAUCGUGGAUAAAAGCUCUUAAUGAAGGGAUCAAUAGAGGCAAAAAYAAAGUAUUUGAUGAGGUGAAAGUGGAUGAGAGCCUUUCACUGGACCAUGUAACUCGGGACAGAGUGAAGGUGUCCCACGGACGCAGGCCACCCACAAGAAGUCACCUGAAGGAGGCUGCCAAGUGUACAUCAGAUGGUAUCCUGCGACUAGAUCUGGAUAUAGUAGACAAUGGACCACCAACCUUUGAUUCCACUGUCAGCGAAGGUGACAAUGAACCACCUCAGAAAGAAACUCCAAAGCCACCUAUGCCACCUACAAAACCCACUGGCACAAAAGAAAACCAAGAGGCAGAGAACAAUGUUCCUGACCAGGAACAUAAAAAACCUCUGUCUCCUCCGUUGCCUCCAGAUAAGAAGCUUAAGGAAGGCAUCACAUCAAAGGACAGUGUAAAUGCCAAGGAAGAGGACUCUCCAARUCCAGAGGAGAAUGUGGAAGAAUCCCAAGCACCAAGUGAGGAGAACAAGGAGAACCUUGCUGAGGUCAGCAACAGGGUUAUAUCAAAAGCUCCAAUUCCACUUCCUAAGAAUGUGCCGGACAAGCUGAAAGUAGCUUGGGACCARCCAACCAUUGAACCUAAAAAGACAGAAGACUUGGAAUCAUCAGGAGAUGACGGCAAAGACAACCUGCCUGAGAUUGCUGCUGCAGAUGUCACAAAGCCUCCUGUUCCUCCSAAGGCUUUGUCAGAGACAAAGAGACAAACACUGCUUGCCACAGGGAACUCCAGCCAUGGUGACCUGGAAGCUGGGCUCUGGGAAGAGCAGGAGUCUGGCAGCUCCAAGCCCCCGGUGAAUGGGAUCACAGCCAGCGAGGCAGCAGAGUUCACAUCCCUGACAGCUGGAACAGAAGAAGGAAAUGGGAGAACCGCUGCUGAGAAGGAACAGAAAACUUCAACAGAAGAGGCAGAGACUUCCUCAGCUACAGAAACAGACUGGGAGAUUGUAAAGGCAACUCUUGAGAAGAAAGAUUCUACAGAAAACACUUCAGGYCUCAAACUUCGCUCUUCUUCUCUGGGAGACUUGCUCUCUGAUUCCAAAAAUAAACAGAGAGCACUUCCAGGCCAGGGUUUCCCGAAGGAUUCCCAUCAAUGCUUAGCUAAAAUGGAGGAGAAAGUUGCUAAUGAAAGGGAAAAGGCAGAAAAGCUUCUGCAGAAAGUUUUACGUGAAGGGUUGGAACAAGCCCAGGAGGGAAACAGACCCCCAGUGAUGGCAGAGACGUUGCUCAAUGAGGCAGUAGAACAACUUCGGCAAGCUACACAAGUUUUGCAAGAAAUCAAAGGUCUUGGAGAACUGAAAAAAGAAGCAACACAGAAACAGAAAGAAAAGCAAAAGGAUCUAGUGACUCUUUAUAGGAGAAGUGCUCCCUGACACACUCUGCAGAGACUUCUUUCCCAAAAUCAAAGCUAAACAUYUGCAUUUAUGAUCUGUACCAUUGCUAGGCCAGUGUUCAAAGGUGGUGUUUUGCUGUGCACACACCAUGUCUGUGGGACAGAAUUGAGCUUUCAGUUAUAGCAUCUUUCUUUCUUCAUGUUGUACAUACCAGUCUGGYUCUAAUCCUCUUAGCACAGCAGAAGGUUACAGGACAGUGAACAGUUUCAAAAAUGUGAAUGCUCUUUUAAGGAUUCUGUCCAAAAUCUUUUCAAUGGAUCAGGCCUUAAAAAGUACUGGUAAUCAGACCAAGCCAGAUUUUUUGAAAGGAGCAGAAUGGCUAUUCUAGCAAAAGCCCCUGUCUCUCUGUAUUUACAAACAAGCAAAUACCAGAUUACACUGGCACUUACCUGGUUUUCCCAUUUAAAUCAUUUAAGGAUCAAUGUAGUCAGUGUUUGUUCGCUUACUGGCACUGUUUCCCAGACCACCUGGCCCAGUGACAUCUAGGAAUGUAAAGAUAAAUGGUUUAAUCUUCUCCAAAGAUACUCAUAAAACCACAUCCACAGUUAAAAAGUGACCGCACACAGAGACAAACCAAACGGGCCAGUUCCUGACUCCAAGCAGUCCCUGAUAUGGAGCAGCUGCAUGAAGGCAUUCUGAGGCUGGCUCUGCAGAGUUUUAGGUGUGCUAAGCACUGAGUAACUGAACACAAGUCUCAAAGCAUCAUUGCCAGGCAAGUAUUGAUUGUUCCUCCUUUGUUAAUAGUGAAAUUGAGGUUACAUUUGGCCUGUGAAGGUGUCUGCUGCCAGCUCAACAUGUUUAUUGCUGAGGACCGUACCUAUCUGGUAACUCUGAAUUUCCUCAGCAUUGUUAGGAACAAACAGCCAGGCAUUUGGAGAACUUGUGUGCAGGAGAUCCCCAGGUGCUUCCUAGAAGAGCUGUCACUAAGAAGCUUUGGGGAUGAGUGUUUCCUUAGUGUUGUCUGGGGAUGGAACUGAUGGGAGCGUGCACAUCAAGCAGUGGCUCUGGAUGAGAUCCCCCUCCCCACUGAACACCUCGCUUGGCUUUGGUAGUCAUUCCCCUCUCAGGACAGCCAUAGAUGUCAUAUGAGAGUUCAGUUGUUAUUCUGUCAGGUGGAGAGUUCCACAUAGUCAAACACUCAGAGCUCAGGUGCCAAAAAGCUGUGCUUUGAGACAAAAAAAUUCCAGUUUCCUAAGCCCACCCUGAGGCACACAGCCUGGAGCAAACCCUGGAUCUGUGCUAUUUGCUGCUGUAGGUUCAAUGUGAACUAUGGGUCAUAUUCACCUUUCCAGACACACUUAGGACAAGGGCUAAGAACACAGACAAUAUUCAGUGCCUCUCUGCUAUCGAAAUGUAUUUUUCUGCAUGUGCACUUUUGUUUACCGAACACUGUGUGGUGUGAAUGUGAGCUGUCAGAACCUGGUGUGCACUGGAAGUCGAGGGACAUCAGCUCCAGAGAGCAGGCAGGCUUUUGCAAGAUACAGUUCCAUAACAAGAGAAAAAUGGGGGAAAACCCAGUUCACACUAACAGAAUUAUACACAAACCAGGGGAAACUCUGGGUACAGAGUUCAUAUCCCAAAGCUGAAGCCAGUCCUAAACUUCAGGACAGGCAAAUCAAGCCUGGAAUCGAAAUCCAGGAGAAUGACAACAGCUUAUGGGGUAGCUCAGUCCCCUAAUUUAUAUACAGAUUUUGCUUUUGCUCUCCCCAGUGUUUUCUUGUGGCAGUGUGUUCUGUGGAUACUCGUCUGGCAAAGCACUGCUGACAWUACCCAGACAUCCCUCUUUGUUACACCCAAGCCUACAGGAUGUGCUCAUAUUUACUGUAUAUUUUUAUAUUAUGCUCAAUAUUCUAAUGAAUAAAUGUCUGACAUUUUACUGAAUACCUGUCAGUAGGGAUCCUAACAGAUAAAUACACUAUACCUGUUAGGAAACGGGCAAAUAACAUCAUUUUACAAGCUACAGCUAAUUACUGUAUAUGCUGUACUAACAGAUCCUACUAGAUUUGUAUUAUGUCUUGUAAAUAGGUAUAACUUAAGUGAAAUYUCUGUAUCACCCAGUAACUUUACUGCUGCCAAUGCUAUUUUAGAGACUCUUGGUUUUAACUAUUUUUUCUAAUAGGUUUAGCAGUUUCAUCCUAAAAAUCCAGCCUUCUAUGACAACUCCUAUCUUCAACACAUAUCCUGCCACCAUGCACUUUUUUUUU